AUGAAUAUAAACGAUUUUGGAUCGUUACAUCUUGUGGUGAUACCGUGCUUUGAGGCUGACCACAGGACAAGGGAGUUCGUUAACCUACUGAGAUCUCUGGACCUCUAUGUGGCUAACUGGCAGCCCACUAGAUUGGAUGCUUGCCUCGAUAAUGUGAUUACAAAUCUGAACAUUGGCAAUAACAUUAGUUGUUCAAUUGUAAAUCCUCUCCUCAGUGACCAACUGGCACUCGGCUGCAAUGUGGAAUUGCCAACUUCCACCUACCCUGCCUCUAUACCUGCAGGGCGUGAUCGAUUCACUUGGGUGCGACCCAUCACACAGGGUGGACGCGAGCGUUUUCUGCAUUAUCUGACUCUGAUUGACUGGAGCUUUCUGAAGGAUCAUCCUGAUGCACAGCCCAAUUUCACGGCGUUUUUUGAUAGACUCCUGACUGGCUUCAACAACUGCGUUCAAACAAAACGUUUCCUCUCUGGAAGGCCUGGUAAACGUGGUGCACUGUGGAUUACGGACGACCUUCUUGACCUGAGAGACCUGGUUCUUAUGGCGUAUGAGCGGUUUCGGGCUGAUCGACUUCUGUCCUCUAAACGGACCUACAUGGGACUGAGGAGAUCUUACCAGCGGGCUGCUCGUGCGGCCAGGAUGCGCUACAACUCUGAGCUGAUUGACCGGGCACCCAAUAGGUGCAAAGCUGCCUGGGGUAUCAUCAGGGCCGCUGCGGGUGUACCAGCUCCUGGUGCUGUUCCGGUAUCUGCGAAUGAUCUUCACGAUGCGUGGACCAGCUCUAUUCGCGGUAUCUGCGAGGGGAUCCGAGCUUCCCCUGUGGUGGCGGCGGAUCUGCUCUCGGCUUCGGUUUGGCCCCCCGCUCUUCGGCUGUUGACCUGGCGCCGUAUUACUUGUGAUGAUGUCACUCGAGUUGUGAACUGUUUGAGCAACUCGGUUAGUAAAGACAUUUAUGGUAUGACCAGUGCUACUAUUAAGGAUGUAUUAGCUCUUAUUGUUUCUCCCCUGACUGUUUGUAUUAAUCUGUGUUUCCAGCAGUCUGUAUUUCCUUCUCAGCUUAGAAUUUCUAAGACAGUGCCUGUCUUUAAGAAGGGUGAUAGGCAUGAUCCUACUAACUAUAGGCCUAUUUCCAUCCUGCCUAUUAUAUCGAAGAUUUUUGAAAUUCUUAUUGCCGAGCAACUCCUUGCUUAUUGUGACCAGUGCGGCCUGUUUGCGACCACCCAGUAUGGUUUCAGGAAAAUAGAUCCACCACUGAUGCAGUAG